AUGAUGCCCCCGCGGGGGGCGGUGGGCUCCUGCCGCCGGCGGCGCCUGGCGCCCCUCAACGAGGACAACGGGCGCUUCCUGCUGCUGGCCGCCCUCAUCGCGGCGUACCUGAGCGCCGGCGCCACCGUCUUCUCGGCCCUCGAGAGCCCGUCGGAGGCGGCGGCGCAGCUCCGCUGGAACCGGACCCUGCACAACUUCAGCCGCAUCUUCAACAUCAGCCUGCCGGAGCUGCGCGCCUUCCUGCGGAGCUACGAGGCGGCCAUGGCCGCGGGCAUCCGCGUCGACGCCCUGCGGCCCCGCUGGGACUUCCCCGGCGCCUUCUACUUCGUGGGCACCGUCGUCUCCACCAUAGGUUUUGGAAUGACCACGCCAGCAACCGUGGCUGGGAAAUUAUUCCUCAUCAUUUAUGGCCUUUUUGGGUGUGCCGGGACCAUCCUCUUCUUCAACCUCUUCUUGGAGCGCAUCAUCUCCCUCCUGGCGUUUAUCAUGAGGGCUUGCUACGAGAGGCAGCUGCAGAGGAGUGGUCUCCUACCUCCCAACUUCCGAAGGGGGUCGGCUGUGUCCGGGGUGGGCAGCCUCGUGGGCUGGAAGCCGUCGGUUUACCACGUCAUGCUGAUCCUGGGAAUUUUCGCUGUUACCCUUUCCUGCUGCGCCUCCGCCAUGUACACGGCAGUGGAAGGGUGGAACUACGUGGACUCCUUGUACUACUGCUUUGUCACCUUCAGCACCAUCGGCUUUGGAGAUUUGGUAAGCAACCAAAAGGCAACGUACCAACAUCAGGGAUUAUACAGAUUCGGGAACUUCAUGUUUAUAUUACUGGGGGUGUGUUGCAUAUACUCCCUUUUUAACGUCAUCUCCAUCGUAAUCAAACAAAUUUUGAACUGGGCGUUGAAGAAGUUGGAGUGCCGGUGCUGCCCCAAGUGCCAUAAAUCCAGCAGCCGGCUGAGCCGCCGCAACGCCAUCACGCCGGGAGCGCGCCUGCGCCGCCACAACGCGGCCGCCGAGGCCGAGGGGCAGUACGACAGCGACACCGAGGGCCGGCGGCUCUCCGGGGAGAUGAUCUCCAUGAGGGAGCUCACGGCCUCCAGCAAGGUGUCGCUGGCCAUCCUGCAGAAGCAGCUGUCGGAGACGGCCAACGGCUACCCCAGGAACGUCUGCAUCAACACGAGGCAGAACGGCUUCUCGGCGGGCGUCGGCGCCCUGGCCAUCAUGAACAACCGCCUGGCAGAAACCAGUGAUUCUAGACAAAGCAGAUACCAGCAAUACCUGGACACAGACUGAAGCACAAGAAAUCAGAAGGAAACAGAAGGAACACAGUGAGAAAGUGAAAGCACACUGCACUAGAUUGCACUUUCUUUUCAGGAAAAGAGAAGCACAACAUUGUGGAAAAUAAAGGAAAGUAUGGAAAAUUCCACUGAGAUUUGACACAAAGGCUGUGCAUGUUAGCACAUACCCAGUAAGUGGUUUAUUAUGCAUUAUAAAUACAUUGUGUAGCAAUGGCAGUGAGGAAGGACUGCUUUAAUUUACAUGGCCUCAGUCUGAAUGCAGCUACCAAUAAAGGCACACACCUUUUUUCUUUCUCUGUUUGCUGAAUGGGUGACAUCCACCCUCUAAUUACAAUAUCUCUUUAAACCCUCAAAAAGAAAAUGCAAUUGCCCUGCAUUUUGCAUAGGCAAAAAGAGGUCUGAGGUCAAAUCCAAACUUUCAACUCUAAGGAUCCAGAGUGGUGUAGUUUUAAUUUUGAAGUGGGGCUGCAGAUGUGCAGCCUUCAAAUGUAUUGUGUUUUGUCCUUCCCUGGAAAAAAAACAGAGGGAGUAAAUGCAGAUACAGUUUAUUGCAGAUUGCCUAAAAAAGUCUGGUGAUUUAGCAUGAGGGAAAAAGAAUAGAGCAAAUGUGUUAUUGAGGAAUGAAAAGCAUGGGGAAAGGAAGAAGCUUAGAAGUGUUCUCCAGCAAAUCCAGCAGAAAACCAAAGACUUGCUCUGCAUUCUCUCCUGGGUUUAUUCCUCAUCACACAGUGCUGUGACACUGUCACCCCCCAGGAGCUCCUGUGGCAGCAGGGACUCAGCCACCUCCUCUGGAACGUGGAGAGGGGUAUUUUGUGAGACACAGGGGGAAGAGGGACCACACUCAGUCACCAUCUUCAUUCAGCACUGAUUUUAGGGAGUCAAGUGCCCAGCAGCCAUGCUGUGUUUUGGGUGUAUCAGAGGUGCAGAUUCCCAUGCCUCCAAGUCCUCCUAGUCCCAGGGCCAUGUCAUGCCCAGGUGUGUCCCAGCCAGCUCCCAGAUCCAGACCUGGCAUGAGGAUGUAGCUGGGUUUGAAAGUGUGUAAUAUCCCAACAUCCCAUCAUCAACAUCCCAAGUGUUUUCAGGAUCAGACCUUCAGCAGGUGAUGCAUUUUCAAACCUAAGGAAUACAAAGAUGUCCCCAUAUUCCUUUUGUACUUUGCAGACUGUAAGAGUGCUUUUAAAAGCCAGUGAGUCAAUGCAAAAUUAAUGCUUUUAUAAUAAGAUACUUACACAAUGUGAAAAAAUUACUAGUAUUUCUGACAAUGUGCAAAUCAAGCACCAGGUUUUCUCAAUGGGUAUAAUUUCUUAUUCCAUGCAAGUAAAAUUAUAUACAGGAAAUUUUUUGGUCGUAGUAACAUCCAUGGGCUGCACAGGCAGUGCAAGAAUUCAGUUCCAGUUUUAUUGUAAAACCUCAGCAUCUGAAAGCACAACACCUAAAAAAUGGUUUGGGGAUUGUUUGUGCGGGGGUUGUGUGUGUAAACAUUGUUUAUUUACAAAAAUAAAAAUGUUAUAAUUCUACAUACACAAACCCAUUUUUAGCUCACUAGAAUACUACUUUGUUGGAUACACUCAGCAAAAAUAUUAUUUCCAAAUUUCAAGCCAAUUAAAUUACUCGAGUUUCGAGAUAAUCUGUUGAAAAAUAUUCCUGUUUGUUUUGUUUCUUUUUGAAAGGGUACAGCUUGGUAGAUCCCUUUAGCUGAGCUGGAAUUGCUAUCUCCUGCUACAAACCUCAAAAUUUUACUUCUGCAGCUAAUUCCCCUGGUUUUGGUAUUUGCUCAUUUCUGCGUUGAAUUCUAGAAGGAACUACCAGCUCUGUGCUGUUUUCUGGUUGGUAUCACUUUCCUUUUUGCAUUGAUUGCAAAUUAGCUGAAAUAUUAACACCAGCAAAUGUUCCCAGACACACAAAAUUAGUCAAUUUUCUGAAUGUUUUUUAAAUUGUCUUGUAAAAUCUAAAAUCUGAUUGUAAAUUACAUCAUGGUUGGAACUGGCAAACUGAGUCUUUUUUCUACCAACAGAAUUGCUUGACAUGAAUUCUGUGAAGGAUGCUAAUGGUUCCAUUUUGUGUAAAAAGACCUGCCUAUUUCAUUUGCCCAUUUUAUCUAAUUUGUUUAAAAUUCUUCAAGUCAGAAGUAUGUACAUUCCAUUUGGAAAAUGCCCUAUGCUGUACAUUUGCUCCUAUGAAUAGAGAUUGUGGAGGGAUUGAAACUGAGCCUGCCUGUUUGCUGCAAACAGAAUUGCAUGUAUAAACCUUCAAAACCUCAAUAUUUGUACCUGUUUGGCCAUUGCUAACCAAGGGCAUGCUAAUGCAAUUCCAAUUCAAGCAAAGAAACAUAAAUCACAGGGCUCAGCUGGCUGCUGACCACUUUUAUCAAAAAGGCCACAGAACUACAGGGUCAAAGGAUGGACUCUUGGUCACAAUAACAUUAUUUUGGAGGUUGGUCUGGUGGCUGGGAGUUGGCCAAUACUAAAAAAGUAAAAAAGAUAAUGGACAUAGCAUCAAGCCUCUUUUGAGAAGCAGAGCAGAGUGUGUAGCCUGUGCUGGGCAGUUUCUGGCCACCUUUGAGUCCUUGGUUGUUCCUCCUGCACUGGCAAAGCAGCAAUCCUACUGUCAUCCUUCUCUCCUCAUAAAAUGGGUAGAGAGAUUUGUUUAGGCUUUCCAUAGGAUGACAGCAUAUAUAAAUAUUACAAGAUGAAUCAAUUACCAAGUCUGGCUAUAUUUGCUAAGAGAUCUUUAUCAGUAAAAACAAGAAAAAUUGUCUUACCAGUAGAGUGAAUCAACAAAAGUGAGUGGUGUUCUGAACAGAGAGUAAGGUGCUAAAAUAUACAAUUGGACCCCAAAGCUCAGGCAUGUGUCACAAAAUUAUCAUUCUUUUCCAAUGCUCAAUGCACCUGCCUCUUCUGGGGAAAAGCCUUGAUUUCUGCCAGCACCAGGCCAUGCAAGGCUUUUAUUUGCUUUAUCUGUAAGAAAGCAAAAUACAUAUGAGGACAUGCCUUGGUGUGCACAGCACUCAGAGCUAGACUUGCCUCCAUGCCUGCAUUUAAGCAUGCCCAUGGGCCAUGGAUACUGGUCCAGCCCCCAGCAGAAAAUGGACAGAAUGGCCCUGCCUUGGGGUGGUUUUUGGAGAGUAGUUGAAUGUCAUGGCAAGCCACAGCUGCCUCCUCCAGGAUGGGAUCCAUCCCACAGCCAGCCCUGGUCUGCAGCCAGGGAUUGUGCUGCCAGCAGAGUGGUGCAGAUCAUCAGCAAUGUGCUCUUAUCCCUGCCUUCUUAAUGGGCUAAAAACAGUGGAAAACAGAUCAUUUUCUAUUUUAAUGAUCAAAAGGGUGUUGUCCAUUAUUCACAGCCUACACACAAGAUGUUACCAUUUUCAAUUUUCCUGCACUGAUCAUUCAGUCCAUUUGGCAGCUGACCUUCAAGUGUCAUGGCUUUUCAAAAAAAAAGGAGGAAAAAAACCCAAACAGAAAACUCAGACACCCAUUAUCAGCAUUUCAGACAAGCAAAAUAAUCGUGGGUGAGGUGGUAAGGAUCUCACAUGAGAAGCUGUGAGCAGAGCUGCCUCUGUUUGCAGCAGCUAGAUGUUUUCAUGGCAGUGGGAGAAGUUUGGGUUCAGGAGAGCAUCAGCUGGGUAUUUGGGGUGCUGGACAUUGCCCUGCAAACAGCUGCAGCACCAAAAUGGCAGUUUUGGAACAAAUUUCUGCAGCUGUUAGGGAUAUUUCAUUACUGAAAUCAGAGGAUGGCAGCAAGUGUUACACAAGCAAUUUACUGUCACUGGUGCAUAUGGGUAUUAGCCAGGGACAUUUUUAACUACCCAGAGAAAUUUCAGGUGGGUGUUGAUCAGAAAAAAAGGACAUUUUGCCAUCCAGAAACAGCUGCAGCAGGUCCCAGUGCCUGACAUCACUUGUACUCCCAAAGAGUCAAAGGGAGACACAGAGAUUACCUAAAGAAGCCAAAAGAGAUGGUAGGGUCUAAGAAGCAAGUAUUCCUGUGGCUUGAAUCUGGAGUGACUUGGUUGAAUUGCAGGUAGCAAAUAGCCUAAUUAAAUAGAUGUAAUGACUUAAAUGCCUGCAGAAGUCAAAAGGAGAUGCAUGUAUUUUUCUAUCACAAUUUUGGUUGUGCUAACCAAGUUAAGAGGUGAAUUGAAGAAAUACAAUUUCCUGAAAAUUGUUGAUUGGAACACAUUGAUUUUUUUACUCUCUUUCAGAUAAUGCUUCCUUGCAAAACAUUAAACUGGAAUAAAUUUCAAGAUUGAAAUCUGUUUAAACAAGUGGCAGUUUUAAAAAUGCUUUAAUCCUGGGUUGACAGGAACUUAGCCUCCAACUCAUGCCAUAAUUGUGAGUGCUCUUAAUGAACCAGUCCCACUUUUGAUAUCAGCUCAGGAUUUUCCCACUGUAAGAUCUUUGAAUGAAGAGAACUAAAAGCCAUAUACAGAGCCAAUCAAACACAGAUCAUGUUUCUACUGGUUUGCAAACAAAAAUGGGUAUUUUGGGCUUGGUAUUUUGGGCUUUGUUCACAGGAGCAUGGUUAUGGAUCCAGAAGGCAGAGGCAGUGGCAGAGGAUGUGUGUAGCUGCUGGUUAAGGACACUGUGGAAGAACCCACUGGUGGUGUCCAGGGAAUAUUCCUGUGUGGUUUUUAAUGCCAUGAAACGUGAUCAAGUAUGAAUUCUCUUACAUCUGGGAGGAUGUCAAAUUCCAGGUGAUGUUUGGAAUGUUGCAAUUAAGCUACUGCAAAGACUUUUGAAAUAAACAGGAGA